AUGGAUCCAGAUCCUACCCCGGGAACACUGAACACUACACCAGAUCCUACCCUGGGAACACUCAACACUUCCCCAGAGCCUACCCCAGGAACACUGAACACUACCCCAGAACCUACCCUGGGAACACUCAACACUUCCCCAGAGCCUACCCCAGGAAUACUGAACACUACCCCAGAAACUACCCUGGGAACACUCAACACUUCCCCAGAGCCUACCCCAGGAACACUGAACACUACCCCAGAAACUACCCUGGGAACACUCAACACUUCCCCAGAGCCUACCCCAGGAACACUGAACACUACCCCAGAAACUACCCUGGGAACACUGAACACUUCCCCAGAUCCUACCCCGGGAACACUGAACACUACCCCAGAACCUACCCCAGGAACAAUGAACACUACCCCAAAGCCUACCCCAGGAACACUGAACACUGCCCCAGAACCUACCCUGGGAACACUGAACACUGCCCCAGAGCCUACCCCGGGAACAUUGAACACUGCCCCAGAACCUACCCCGGGAACAUUGAACACUGCCCCAGAACCUACCCCGGGAACACUGAGCAGUACCCCAGAUCCUACCCCGGGAACAUGA